UGCCCGGUCCUAGUUAGUGGGAAGCAUACCAAUUUUUUGGGGAUUUUUGUUCAAUUGCAGAGCUUGUUUGCUUUACGGAAGGACUGAAGGAGUAGUAUUUCUGUGAGCUGAAAGCUGUUCUGGCAUGGCCAACGGUCUCUAGACUCUAGUCUCGACGGAGGCGGGCAUAUUCUUCUGCAACAGAGUAAUGAACAGCUCGACUCAAAACCUCCUCAAAACCUUCUUGGCGAACCCAUCUGCCAUCAAAACUGAGUCCCAAGCCACGCAACUACAUGCCCUAAUCGUCAAAACCAGACGCUCUUCUUCUCUGUGUCUCGCCACCCUUCUUUCUGUCUACACCAAUUUCAACCUCUUAGAAGAAUGCCUCUCGCUCUUUCGCUCCCUCCCUUCACCGCCCCCCAAAGCCUGGAAAUCCCUCAUCAAAUGCUACACUUCAAAUGGCUUUUUCUACGAAUCUUUGCAUUCUUUUGUCGAGAUGAGAGCUUCCGGGAAGUACCCGGACCGGAACGUGUUCCCUUCAGUGCUUAAAGCGUGCACCCAUUUGCGUGAUUUGAGGUUCGGUGAGUCUGUUCAUGGGUUUGUUUUGAGGUAUGGGCUCGAUUACGAUCUCUACACAGGUAAUGCACUGAUGAACAUGUAUGCCAAAUUACAGGGUUCGGAUGACCUGAACCUGUUCGAUGAAACUCCCCAAAGAAGGGAACUUGAUGCAUUUGAGAAAGCUUCUCUGGCUAAUAAAGGUGUGUUUGCAUUAACUCGCGAUUCAAAGAGCAAUAUAGAUGGGGCUGUAAAAGUGCCUGGUUUGGAUUCCAUGAGUAGGGAUGGAGAGAAGAGAGUAUGCAAAUCUUUAAAAGUUGAUAGUGUUAGGAAAUUGUUCGAGAUGAUGCCAAAUAGGGAUAUUGUUACAUGGAACACAGUCAUUGUGGGUACUGUACAAGGUAGGAUGUAUGUGGAAGCUCUAGAGAUGGUUAGGGAGAUGAGAAAUUCUGAUUUGAAGCCCAAUAGUUUCACUUUGUCCAGCAUCCUUCCCAUUGUUGCUGAACAAGUUGAUGCCUUGAAGGGAAAAGAAAUUCACAGUUACUCAAUCAGGCAUGAGCUUGACAAAGACACAUUUAUUGGGAGUAGUUUGAUUGAUAUGUAUGCGAAUUGCACCCUGGUGGAAGACGCAUACAUGGUUUUCACCCUCUUAGCGGAAAAGGACGACGUGUCAUGGAAUUCAAUGAUCUCAGGAUUCAUAAAAAAUGGUAAUUUCGAUGAAGGGCUGAAGUUGUUUAGGGAGAUGCUAGCUGCUAAUAUAAAGCCUCUGCCAGUCUCUUUCUCAAGUAUAAUUCCUGCAUGUGCUCAUUUGACAACACUCCAUUUGGGAAAGCAACUCCAUGCACACAUAACCAGAACCGCGUUCGCUGAUAACAUGUACAUUUCCAGCUCUCUGGUUGACAUGUAUGCAAAAUGUGGGAAAAUACAGACAGCUCGCCGUAUUUUUGAUGACAUGGUAUUACGUGAUUCAGUUACUUGGACAUCCAUGAUUAUGGGCUAUGCACUUCACGGACAUGCACAUGAUGCUGUCAUCUUAUUUGAGAAGAUGGUGAUAGAUGGUGUGAAGCCUAACUCUGUCGCCUAUGUAGCUAUUUUGACUGCUUGCAGCCAUGGCGGUUUGAUAGAAGAGGGCUGGAAACAUUUCAAAAGUAUGAGCCAAAAGUAUGGGAUUGCCCCUGGGAUUGAGCACUAUGCUGCCAUUGCAGACCUUUUCGGCCGAGCUGGAAGGCUACUGGAUGCAUACGAGUUUGUCUCCAAUAUGCAUAUUAAGCCAACAGGGAGUGUUUGGUCCGCUCUGUUGUCAGCUUGCCGUGUUCACAAAAAUGUCGAGCUUGCUGAAAAAGUUUCCCAUGAAAUAACCAAAGUGGAUCCCAAGAAUAUGGGUCCCUAUGUCCUCUUGUCAAAUAUGUAUUCAAUUGCAGGACGCUGGAAAGAUGCUUCGAAACUUAGAACCAAUAUGAAAAAGAAGGGAAUGAGGAAGACACCAGCUUGCAGCUGGGUUGAAGUUAAGAACAAGGUACACGCGUUCGUCUCAGGGGACAAAUCACAUCCUCAAUAUAACCAGAUAGAAACAGAAUUGAGAAACAUUUCAGAGCGACUGAAGGUAGAAGGAUAUGUUCCUGAGACGAGUGAGGCUUUGCAUGAUGUUGAUGAAGAACAGAAACAUGAUUUGUUUUUUGCUCAUAGUGAACGGAUUGCAAUAGCAUUUGCAAUGAUUAAUACUCCUGCUGGAACAAGCAUCCGGGUGACCAAGAAUCUUGGGGUAUGUGUGGACUGUCACACAGCUACUAAGUUGAUAUCCAAGAUUAUGAGGAGGGAAAUAGUUGUUAGAGAUAAUAACAGAUAUCACCAUUUCAAAGGCGGGGAUUGUUCAUGUGGAGAUUAUUGGUGAAAAAACUACUGACUGAGUAUCUAAUAACUUUGAGAUGUGGGGUUAAAAAGCUUCUCACCAUAUGGUCAUAUCUACCUAGAUGCUAGCCAUCUGUGAAGCUUCAAUGAGAUUUCAAGCAGUGGAAUCAAUAAGCCAAUGUACAAGUUCCAGAUGAGGAUCUUCUGCUCAUAGACCUCUGGAUUACAGCUCGUCAUUUUUCUUUGUUGACUUACUUCUGGAGUAGGACAAGUGAAAAGAAGUUGAGGUCAUAAAACCAAGGUUUAGUCAGGGGGAUGAGUUGUGUGGAGGCAUUUCAGUCUUGACAGAACCUGGGCGUUCCUUUGCAGACAUUGCUAUAAAAGUCCUGUCGAAGCAUGACUAACUCCUGCUUACACCAUCUCCAACCCACAGGGUGAAUAAAUGCAAAUUUCACCCCGUCCUACUUUUCUCAGACAUCCCUUGUAUUUGAGGAUGAAAGGUGGAAAUAGCCAUGCAUUGGAUGAAAAAUUCAGCCCUCUUUCGUUCAACUUUUGGGACAAAGAGGCAGAUGAGCUUACUGGAGUCAGUCGUUGAAUGACACUAAAGACUGCUCGCUUCCAUAUGGCACCACAUGCCGAGCCUCAUACAUUGGUCUUUUAGAGUUUAUACUUUGAAGAAUUUGAUGUCACGAGAUGAAACCUCAGCACUUGACAAUGCUGUUCAAAAGUCUCUUCAUUACUUCUGGAGUAGGACAAGUGAAAAGAAGUUGAGGUAAUAAAACCAAGGUUUACUCAGAUGAAGAGGGUUCUUGAUAUUGUUGGAGCAAAGCCAUUAGUGCAUUGUAUUGAUCCUUUGAAAAAUUGAAAGCAUUCUGGUUGUUGACCUCUUCCUGAGCAAGAGAAAUUGGAGCAAGAGGUAAUGCACCAGCAGCAUUUGCAGAAGACUUGAAAUUUGUGAUGGCAAUCUUGUUGUUUGUUUUGUAACCAGGGGGAAACCUUAGAUACGAAAGCAAGUAUGAUUCUUCUUUUUUCACUUGCUGCAGAAUUUGUUAUUCCUGCCAUUACUUCUCAUUUUACCAGAACGAUUGCCACGAUUAUUAGUGUCAGUCCACCUCUCGGAGUAAAACCCGUUCUACCAGGAUUGUCAAUGAAAGUGGCAAGAGCAACAGGUUCUUGUGAUAUUGUAGUAGAUUGAUAUCAAGGAAAAGGUAUGAGUUAGGC